ACUAGACCAAUAUAAGUUAGAACUAUUCAAUAAUUAUUAUUCAAUUGGAUGGUGAAACAAACAUGUUAAAAAUGUAAAAGUAUUUGAUUUGGAUUUGGGAUCAAUAAUCGCAACGAGCGCCACAACUCUGUGACUCUGAUCGACCUCCAUACACAAGUCCCUAUUCCCUAGAGGUGAAGAAAAUUAUGAUUCUGGCAGUCUUGUUCGCCAAUUCUGAGGGCAACAUCCUCGUUGAACGUUUUAAUGGAGUCCCUGCUGAAGAACGACUUCAUUGGCGAUCGUUUCUGGUUAAACUAGGGGCUGAUAAUCUUAAAGGUGUAAAGAAUGAGGAGCUCUUGGUUGCUUGCCACAAGUCAGUUUACAUUGUUUACACAGUACUUGGUGAUGUCAGCAUCUUUGUUGUUGGCAAGGAUGAGUAUGAUGAACUUGCUUUGUCAGAAGUUAUCUUUGUAAUUACAUCAGCUGUGAAGGAUGUUUGUGGAAAGCCUCCUACCGAACGCCUCUUUCUAGACAAGUAUGGAAGGAUUUGCUUGUGUUUGGAUGAAAUUGUUUGGAAGGUGAGGCCAUCAAUAAUUAUAUUUAUAUAUCUUAAAGCAAAACUAGUAAUUCAUGCCAGUAUCCUGAAUAUAAUACAUUCCUAAUAAUAUGCACCUUUUGUUUCUAUUAACGUCAUAUGAGCUUUUCAAAACUGCAUUAAAUCAUGCUAAUAAUUCUCUAUUAAAAGCAACUUAAUUGCAUAAAGUUAGUGGAGGUAUAUAUUUGUGAGCUUUUAUAUGACAUAUUGUGGUACUAUGCUGGUUUUCUCCGUUUUGCUUUUGUUUGUUUCUUACUUUGCUUGAUACAAAUUAAUUUUUGUAUUUCCAAAGGGAUAUCUGGAGAAUACAGAAAAAGAUAGAAUCAGAAGACUGAUAAGGUUAAAACCUCCCUCUGAGUUCUAACCAACGUAGCCUCUCUCGUGAUCAGUGAUUAAGAUAAAAUUGACGUUGAAAUUAUGUCGCCUGCAUGUUUCAAGACAAUGGCAUUGUGUGAUUUGAAAGCAUUUAGGUAGCUAUGUUGUAUUGAUUUCCCAGACAGGAAGCGUUGAAUGUUGAUGUCUUUGAAUUUAAGAGUAGCCGGUCUUGUUGAACUUUGAAUAUACAGUUCAGUAAUAUUUUAAAAUGAUUGAGAAUCUCAGCAAUGAAAUGAAAAUGGUCUUAGUAUUGCUUAUUUUGUUUCA